CGGGCCGCGGCGGGAGGGGGCCGGAGCCGAGAGGGGCCGGAGCCCGGCGGGACAGGGGCGCGAGGCGCUGCGGAGAUGGAGCAGCAGCCGCCGAAAGAGAAAGUGAUGUAAGUCACUCACUCGCGAGACACAGAGGUCAGAGCUAAGAAGAAAGGCCAGGAGGAAGAUGGCCUGGCCAGCUGGCUUUCGGAGAGGCACCCUCAUCUCCCAGUUCAGCCAUCACCACGUCGUUGUAUUCCUGCUCACCUUCUUCAGUUAUUCAUUGCUCCAUGCUUCCAGGAAAACAUUUAGCAAUGUCAAAGUCAGUAUCUCUAGGCAGUGGACCCCGACUGCUUUCAACAAGUCAGCCGAGCUGCCUGUGGAGAUUUGGAGCAGCAACCGUCUGUUUCCCAGUGCAGAGGAGGCCACGCUUUUCCUAGGAACACUGGACACCAUUUUUCUCUUCUCUUACGCUGUGGGCCUUUUCAUCAGCGGCAUAGUUGGGGACCGGCUUAAUUUACGAGGCUUCCUGUCUUUUGGCAUGUGUUCUUCUGCGUUAGUGGUGUUUGUCUUCGGCACCCUCACGGAGUGGCUGCAUUUCUACAACAAGUGGUUCUACUGCUCCCUGUGGAUCGUCAACGGCCUGCUUCAGUCCACUGGCUGGCCCUGCGUGGUCGCGGUGAUGGGCAACUGGUUUGGGAAAGCCGGGCGAGGAGUCAUUUUUGGCCUCUGGAGUGCCUGCGCUUCUGUGGGCAACAUUUUGGGAGCUUUCCUGGCUUCUUCUGUCCUGCAGUAUGGUUAUGAGUAUGCCUUCCUGGUGACGGCGUCUGUGCAGUUCGCUGGUGGAAUCGUCAUCUUCUUUGGGCUCUUGGUGUCACCAGAGGAAAUCGGUCUCCCAGGUGUCGAGGCAGAAGACACUCUUGAAGAAGACUCGCACAGGCCGUUAAUUAAUGGUGCUGAAGAUGAAGAUGAGUGUGAGCCUGGUUACUCAGUCCAGGCGGGUGAUGCUGCGGUCACCCAGGUCAAGGCAAUAAGCUUCUCUCAGGCCUGUUGCCUCCCUGGAGUUAUACUGUAUUCACUGGCCUAUGCCUGCUUGAAGUUGGUGAAUUACUCCUUCUUCUUCUGGCUGCCCUUUUACCUGAGCAACAACUUUGAGUGGAAAGAGGCCGAAGCUGACCAGCUGUCCAUCUGGUACGAUGUAGGCGGAAUCAUAGGUGGCACCCUGCAGGGCUUCAUCUCCGACCUGCUGCAGAAGAGAGCCCCUGUUUUGGCGCUGAGCCUGCUGCUGGCGACCGGGGCCCUCGUGGGAUAUAGUCGCUCUCCUGAUGAUAAGUCCGUUAACGCACUUCUGAUGGCGGUCACAGGGUUUUUUAUUGGUGGACCUUCUAACAUGAUCAGCUCUGCGAUCUCUGCGGAUCUGGGGCGCCAGGAGCUAGUCCGAGGGAGCAGUGAGGCUUUGGCCACAGUCACAGGCAUCAUUGAUGGAACUGGGAGCGUCGGUGCCGCGGUGGGCCAGUUUCUGGUGUCUUUGAUCCAGGACAAACUUGGAUGGAUGUGGGUUUUCUAUUUUUUCAUUCUCAUGACGGGCUGUACCAUUGCAUUCAUCUCACCAUUAAUUGUGAGGGAAGUAGGCCAUCUUGUGCAGAGGAGGCAGGCUCGUACGUUGAAUGACUGACUGGGGCCCUCCAGAGAAAAAGACAGCGGGGGACACUGGGACGUCGCCCGGAGCUCCACCAUAGCCUUGGGUCGUCAAGCCUGCUCCCGGGUGUCGGCUGCCUGUGAGGGGCCGACUGCCCCGGCAGGCUGGGUGAUUUUUCUACACUACACGAUUGUUGUUGACGAUUGGCUUCCGUGUCUCAUGUGUGUACCGCACACCUGCCAGCCUCUUUGUCUGGCCAGUCGAGGCUCUUUGCUUUGGCCUCACGUACCCGGCUGGUUGCCGGCUCUCCUUCUCUAGCCUUGAAAGCUGGGUGAACAGGAGGCAGGGUCACCCGUGGCUUGUGUCUGCAGUGUGCUCCACGAACAGAAGGGUCAUUGCGCCUGGCUUUGUCAUGAGUCUUUACGUUAAAGCCUGGUGCUCAGGCUGGACUGAGCCUGAGCCUGUCGUGGACAGAGUGCCUCCUGCCCAUCUGGUGGGCAAGGACACACGAUGCACCAGGGGCUCCAUCGCUGUCUGUCCCAUCGAAGGUCAUCUGAAAGUCAUCCUGCCCCAGAAGCAAAAUACCUUCAAAUCCUGGUCACCCUGCUCCGCCCCAGCCUCAUUCAGAAUUCACUUGACUCCAGAACGCACCUAGCCUUCCUUUUGGGGGGCGCAUAAGGCACAUCUGUUAUCUCGAACAUUCCAGCGAGUGACUCGCAGCAAAGGAGUCGGCCCUGGAUUUGCCGUGUGGGGGCUUUAGGACCACUGUAGAAGCCAGCCUGCUUGGCCCUGUGCACAGAGGCUUGAUCGCCGUCACAGCCGGCUUCCUUGAGUUUCCUCAGCAGACAGCUAGAAUUAGGAGGAGACUGCGUUAUGCUAGUGAGUGUAACAUAGGUGACAUUGAGUCACAUCGGUGGAUUACUGGGGCCUGAUGGCGUCUGUUCGUUAGAGAAUCAUGGAGUGUCUGUCUUCAAGGCUGUGGGUUCUGUAGUAAUUACUGAUAUUUUAAGGUCAUUCUGUACAUGGGUUUUAAAUUAUAUGAGCAAACUAGGGGGGAAAUGUGCAAUUUUGAGGGAACCCUGAUUUGCAUUGGGCUGGGGAAUAUUUUUCAGCGUCUUACUUUAUACUCUGAAACGUGAUUUGUUUAUGAACUUGAUAAAUGAAUGCUAUUAAAUCAAAUUUCCAAUCAGUAAUACUGCUUAUUACUGAGAAAAAGGGAAAAUAUGAAACACAGAAAGGAAAAAUAAACUGGCUUUUCUAGUAAAUCACAUGUCCGUUUCUCUGGUCUGAGCCCUGAAGUUUCCAGUCUGGCCCGUGCUGUGGGAUUUCCCGAGGCCGCCCGGUCCCUCCCGCUCCCACACUAGCCCUGCGUUCCCCUUCUCUGAGGAGCUGCGGGGGGGCUUCCUGGGACGCCUGUGAAGCACGUGAGAUUGUGCUGAGUCUGGGUGGAUUGCCGAGUUUUAACUUAAGAGUUGUUUGUAGACAAACCCCAUUUUUAAGGUUGAACCUCUUUCGGACGUGUGGCACAGAGACCGUUUCUCCUCCCCCCACGUAAUCCACAUAGUCGCAUCUGAGUGCCCCUGUCCCAGCCUGUUUUCUCUCCAGUGUGAACCGGGCAGGCGUGAGUGCUACACAGAACUCCCUAGAGCCCCUGUCUGUCCCCGUCUUAGUCUCCUAGAGCUGGUGCAACAGAAACAACCACAAGAGGGUGACUUUAACCAACAGAAAUUUAUUUUCUUACGGUUAGGAGGAUAGAAGUCCGAAUUCAGGGCGCAGGCUCAAGGGGAGGGCCCUCCUGUUGGCUCUGGGGGAAGGUCUUUGUCUGUAGCCCCAGUGUUCCUUGAUUCCUUGGUGAACCCCCUGUGACAUUUGUCUCUCCCAACCCUGGUGGUGUAGUGGUUAAGUGCUAACCAAAGGGUCGACAGUUCGAAUCUGCCAGGCGCUCCUUGGAAAAUCUAUGGGGCAGUUCUACUCUGUCCUGUAGGGUCGCUAUGAGUUGAAAUCGACUCAGUGGCACUGGGUUUCUCUCUGCCUAAUCUGUUUUUAAAUCUCAACAGUGAUUAGGUUUAAGACACACCCUACAUGGAUAUGACCUCAUUGACAUAACAAAACUCUAUUCCCAAAUGGGAUUACAUCCAUAGGUAUGUUGUUGUUAAUUGAUUUCAACUCAUAGAGACACUAUAGGACAGAGUAGAAAAGCCCCAGAGGGUUUCCAAGGAGCAGCUGAUGGAUUUGAACUUGCAAACCUUUUGGUUAGCAGCUGAGCUCUUAACCGCUAUGCCACCAGGGCUCCAUCCGUAGGUAUGGGGUUAGGAUCCUGACACAUUUUUGGGAGAUGCAAUUCAAUCUGUAAUAGUAUGUGGAAUAAAAUUAUAAACAAGAUAGAUACUCACCUGUGAAGGAAAUUGUAUAUUGCACUGUGGAGAUAAUUUUCUUAUUGUUCUAGUCUGGGAGUCUACAUAGGAGUUAACUUUAAAGAACUUCUAAGAGCAGGCUUCACUUUGUUCAUUUUUUCCCCUGAAGGAAAGGCCAUCAGGAAUUGGUGUCAGCUCUUCUCUCAGUGCUUGGUAGAAUUCUCCAGUGAUGCCAUCUGGGCCAGGACCUUUUCUAUGAUCUCUUCAAGUUCUUUGUUAAAGGUCUGUUCAAAAUUUCUACCUCGAUUUGUGUUAGUUUAGGUAGGUAGUGUGUUUCUAGAAAUUUGUCCAUCUCUUCUAAGUUUUCAAAUUUGUUGGAGUACAGUUCUUCAUAGUAUUCUGUUAUGAUCCUUUUAAUUUCAGUUGGGUCUGUGGUGAUGUCACUGAUCUCAUUUCUUAUUUGUGUUGUUUGCAUCUUCUUUUCCUUUGUUAGUUUGGCCAGUGGUUUGCCAAUUUUAUUGAUCCUUUCAAAGAACCAACUUCUAGUCUUACUGAUUCUUUUGAUUGUUUUUCUGUUUUCCGAUUUUGUUUAUUUCAGCUCUGACAUUUAUUUGGAUAUGUUAUUAGGAGGGACCAGUCCCUGGAGAAGGACAUCAUGCUUGGUAAAGUAGAGGGUCAGCAACAAAGACGAAGACCCUUAAUGAGAUGGCUUGAUACAGUAGCUGCAACAAUGGGCUCAAGCAUAACAACGGUUGUGAGGACGGUGCAGAAUUGCACAGUGCUUUGUUCCGUUGUACAUAGAGUCUCUGUGAGUCGGAACGGACAGGACGGCACCUAACAAUAACAACAGCAACCUUUAUUAUUUCCUUCCUGUUGGUUGCUGUGGGCUUCUUUCACUGUUCGUUUUCUAUUCAUGUUGUAGGGUUAAGGUGUUGAUUCUGAUGUGUUUAUUGCUAUGAAUUGACCUUUGAGCACUGCUUUUGCUGGGUCCCAAAGGUUUUGUUAUGUUGUGUUUUCAUUCUCAUUUGAUUCUAGGAAUUUUUUAAUUUCAUUUUUAAUUUUUUCUGUUACUUAGUGGUUUUUAAGCAAGGUGUUAAUCAGUUUCCAUGUAUUUGAUUUUUUCCCUUGUUCUUCCUGUUAACUGAUUUCUACUUUCAUAGCGUUGUGAUUGAAGAAGAUGGUUUGUAUUAUUUUGAUAUUUUUUGAUUUAUUGAGGCUUUGCUUUGUGGCCUAAAAGAUGGCCUAUUCUGGAGAGUGAUCCAUGUGCUUUGCUGCUGUUGGGCGGAGUGUUCUGUAUAUGUCUAUGAGGUUGAGUUAAUUGAUGGUGAUGUUUAGGUGUGCUGUAUCUUUGAGUUUCUUCCUAGAUGUUCUGUCCUUCGUCGAAAGUGGUGUGUUAAAGUCUCCUACAAUUAUUGUCGAUUAAGUUAAAGUCUCCUACAGUUACUGUCGAACUGCCUGUUUGUCUUUUCAAUACUGUUAGAGUUGGUGUUAUGUAUUUUGGAAUUCAUUCAUUGGGUAUGUAAUUGUUAUGGUUAUGUCCUCUUGGUGAAUUGUCACUUUAAUGAAUAUAUAGUGCCCUUCCUUGUCUCUUAUGUUGGAUUUUGCCUGAAAGUCUGUUUUAUCUGAGGUUAAUAUUGUCACUCCUCUCUUUUGGUUACUGUUUGCUUGAUAAAUUUUUGUUUCUAUCCUUUGAUUUUUAGCUUAUUUUUAUCUUUGUGUCUAAUA